AUGGAUUUGCAGUCUCCAUCAGUCUUGGCGCAAUUGCCGCGCCCCCUUCAUGCCGCUACUGGCAAGACUCGCAUUGGAGACGUGAAUAGUCUCGCCGAUGCCAAAAAGCGCAAACGUUAUGAACUUGCGGUCGCUGUCGAUGGCGAAGCCGUCAACAUUUACAACAUCCAAACGCCUAAGCUUGUGACCUCCUACGCUGUCCCGCCUCAGUCCACAUUUUCUUGCCGUCCCUGCUCCGUGCGCCGCAAGCUCCCCAAGAAGUCGGCAGUCAAGAGACAAACCUACACGGCUGUCACAAAACCUGAGUAUCAGAUCAAGUGCUUUGUGGAGGAGAUUGGCCAUGGUUCGAGUGCACCUACUAUCUCGUCCUCCAGCGCCACUAUCACAGAUUCCAAGAGCCCCACGACAUUUGUGGGCAUCGUUCCUUUCAGCGCUGAAGACGAAAGCGAAACUGACCCCUUCGACAUCCUCGCUGUCCACACCGAUGGACGUGUUCGUCGACUGUCCUCGGAUUUGAAAACACAACACUGGAGUAUUCAACACAGUGAAAUUGCGAAAGUCUGCUCCACUCACACCGUUCACUCGUGCUUCCUAAUCGAUCUCGAAGAUGCAAAGAAGGGUUUAUUUAAAAGGCGACAAGACUUGGCUGCUCUUGCAUUUGGAGACUCUCCGUCGGCGGGAGUUGACGAACCCUCCAUUUUGCUCAUUGUUUCUCACCCUAAGGACGCCGAUACAAUUGCAUUGCAGGAUGUCAAUGUUCAAAUCUUUUCCGUCCCUGCCAACUCCAAGUCUGGGUCCCUUGGUCUCGAAGAAAGCCAGCGGCUUAGACAUCUCCAGACUGUUCAGGUCCCCACCCCAGCUGGGCUCGACAGGGUGAACAACAACAGUCUCUUGCAGUGGAACUUCCAUUCUGGAACAGCGGGCCUGCAGCUCUCCUUUGAGAAUGGAUUUGUGAAUAUCGAUCUGUCCCAGUACUCCCCCAGCGUGAGCUCGCAAUUUGUUCUGAAUGAGCAAUUUACUUCGAUCAUGCGAAUUUCGCCCCAAUGCGUUAUUGGAGCAAGUGAAUCACUCAUCGCAGUCUAUGACACCCAGUACCAGUCCGUGCAGAGGAGCAUCGCCGCGAGAGAUGUGAUUUCGGGUUCUAGCUCGAACGCGGAUGGCCCGACCAUCUUUAUUAGCUAUUUUGCUAAGCUUGGUAUCGCCAUUGCUAUGAAGGCCAAUACUCUGAUUGCAUUUGAUCUCACGUCUCUGCAUGGCCAGUCCGGCCCAUCUCUCAAGCGCUCACGAGAUGGGCUUCUUAUCGAUGCCAUUGGUCGGGGUAUCGGAUCGUCCGCUUCGCAGUGGGACAUGUCCAAAAAGCAUCGGACUGACAACAUGGCGGCACUGCACCUCAAGACUUCCGAGCAGGCCGAGAAGUGGAGUCAAUUCACCACGGCAAUUCAUGAAGCAACCAAAUUACUGAAGCCGGAUCUCUUCGAUAAAGCGGUUCUCGGUUAUUUUGGCACGUCAGAGGCACCAAAGGAACUUCCCCAGGAGCACGUCAGUCCUGAAUCAACCCUUUUCUUGCUAUCGAAAAUCUUUGCGGUCCAAGAUUCUGCCAUCACCGAUAAGGCCUCUGCAUCCUCUUCCUCUCAGUUGCGUGUGGUUCUUUGGCCUGCCACCACCUGUGAUUGGCUCAUUCGAAUUGGCCACUUGUCUCUAGACAACGUUGAGAUUGCACUUCGGCGAGCCUGCGAGCCACGUAUACUUCAAUCGCUCCCGACUGGGUCCUUUAUUCAGGCUCUCAUUGACUCUGACUCGUCACUGAAGCAAAUCAACCAUGUCCUUGGUGGCCCAGCGCUCAUUUCCUCUGAUGAGCUCGCUUAUGCGCUCAAAUUCUUCCUGAAUCAGGCUCGUCUGCAUUCCGGCGUUUUGGAGGAGACGGCUCGCGCUAUCACAAACGGCGAAAUUGCUACCCCUACCCAGGAGCUUACCCGCCAACUCGGAAAUGAUGUCGCCAGCCUGAAGGACAUUUUCACAGGCCUCAAUAGAUCCCUUCAAAAGAUUCAUUCACAGCCGUUGCCCUCUGUUGUGAAGUCACUUCGCUCCAUUCUGUCUCGGACGGAGCUUAUCUCUAUGGUACACCAUCUUCGUCUCUCUCUUGCUACUGGUGGAUAUACCUCCCGCUUCACCGAAAACCCACCUACUCCUAUCACUCUCGACCAGAUCACGCCUUCUCUCUCUCUCAAUACCAUUGUUGACUUGAUCACCGCUUCCGUGGAUGCUGUUGGGCCUUCUGGUUGGAUCUCCGCCCUUCCCGACGUCAAUGACCUCGAUGAUGGCUCCGACUCUGCUAUGGCUUCAGCAAGCCGUGAAAUGGAGCUUAUCGCCGACAUGAAGUCCGAGGUGUCUGCUGCACUUGCCGGCGUUGAGGAGGCCACUUAUCUCAAGGGCAUCCUCCGUGAGUAUCUCCGCUUUGCGGAUCAGGUCGCCGAUGCAUCGGCCGCUUCCACGGACGCAGUUGCCAAGGUCGAUGAUUCCGCCGCUCGUGCGCCAUCUCACUUGAUUCGCUAUGAGAAGCUCAACGGCGCUGAUCUCAUGGUGUUUGCUCGCCCCGAGGAGGGUGAAGAGGGCUUUGAUGGGGACGCAAGCGGCAAGAUCUUGCCGUUGUCCCUGAAGCCGCCUUCGGCAGACGUUUCGCGUACGAAGAUCAUGAAUGCUACUGGCGAGGUCAAAGCUCGUACGAGCCGUGAGGUUGGAUAUCUCCGCCGCAAGGCGGCUGGCAAAUACUCUUUCGAGAGACUGGUUAUUUAA